UUGGUUAUUAUCCGGGGACCAUUUGAUUAGAUUUUGGGAUCAAUUGGGUCAAAGGUCAAAGUCAAGGUCAUGGAAAGGCCAACAUCUUCUUUUUACCAUAGCACGGUCAAUUUAUAUCCAAUUGGCAUGAAACUAAUGCCAACAUGUUCAUAAUUCAAUGCCCAAUCUUGUGAUAUGCGAAGGUAUGCGCUCUACCGAGUGCCCGUUCUAGUUUUAAAUGUUCCCGUAUUCAUUUACAUCUCAUGUUCGGACUGAAGCCAACAAACAAACAAACACACACACAAACAAUGAGUCCAUCUCUGGUCGUCUGACUUCCUGUCUGUGGCUCUCCGCCCUGAGAGCAUGAAGUAACCAUGUGUCUGGAGGUGAUGGAGCUGCAGAGGCGGAGCAGCUUCCUCGUCUGUCCUGGUGGACAGAGAGACGGGUCGACGUCUCCGUGGAGACGGAGGAGAGGAAACGUCCUUUAAGCACAAAGAAACACCACAAACACGUAUCAUCCUUUGGAGGAUAUUUAGUAUUUUAGUAUUUUAUUUUGGUGACCUUCUCCUUCACUUCACUCCAGCUGUCCCUUAGUGGAGAGAAUGCAACUAAACGUUCAUUUAUCUCUUCCUAAAACAAGCAAAAAAUAAUAUUUAACCGGGCACAAAAACAAGAGAAAGAAAUCUGAACAUUCAUUAAAGUUUAAAAAAUUUAACACGUUUCAGUUUAGUUUUUUUUCUUCUCAUAUUUGACAAACUAAUAGUCUGAACUCUGAGAUUAAAGUCCCACGUUUCUUUACUCUAUCUAAAAUAUUAUUUUACUUCAAAGAACCUCACCCUCUCUGAGAAUAAUUGUAUUAUUACGAAUUGAUAUAUUGAUCUCCUGUUUCCUCUCCUCUGUGACAGUUUCCUUUGAGCUCAUUCGUCUCCUCGUCUCCUCUAGAUGAAGUUUCAGAUUUAGAUAACUCAGAAGAUGAAUUUGGAGUUCUGAGUUUAAAGUCUAAAUUCAUAGUUUUCUCUCCGUGCCGUUGUUUUAUACGUUCAUCGGCCUCUUUUUCACAAAACUCUUAAAAAUAUUUCACUCUAAAACUCAGAACGUUUCUCUCUUUCAGAAGAACGGUUAUUGAUUUAAUCUCAUACAUGUUAUAUAAUGAAGUGUUACAUUUAAAAAAGAAAAACAAAAUACAUAUAUAUCAGUACAAGUGUUAGAAUGUUCUUGUGUGAUUUCAUGAAAAACCUUUUACUUUGACAUCAGAUGUUCAGUUUGUAUUGAUUUCAAUCAUCACUUUAUUUGUUAUCAAUGAUUUAUGUUCUCCGUGUGUUUUGCCUUCAUCUUGUUGUGCUUCAGUGUUGUUUUUUGUUUUUCUUACAGUUUCCUUUGGACUUAUGAUUUUGACGUGCAUGCCUCCCCGUUUCUCCAUCAUCUCCAUGGUUACCCAGGGAUCCGAGGACGGUGGCGGGGUUCAGAGGGACGGUCCGCUACGCUUCGGUCAACGCUCACAAGAACAAGGAAAUGGGUCGCCAUGACGACCUGUGGUCACUGUUUUACAUGCUGGUGGAGUUCGCCGUUGGACAGUUGCCAUGGCGAAAGAUCAAAGAUAAGGAACAAGUUGGUCAGAUUAAAGAGCGCUACGACCACCGGAUGCUGCUCAAGCACAUGCCUUCAGAGUUUAACGUCUUCCUGGACCACGUGCUGGCUCUGGACUACUACACCAAACCAGACUACCAGCUGCUGAUGUCGGUGUUCGAGAACAGCAUGAAGGAGCGGAUCAUCACCGAGAACGAGCCUUUCGAUUGGGAGAAGGGAGGCGGUGAUGUCACGCUGUCCACCAGCACCUCCAGCCAACCACAGCACAACACCCGGCCCACCGCCGCCAUCGUGGGAGCCAUCACGACGCCGGUUCCCGGAGACCUCCAGCGAGAGAACACCGACGAAGUUCUGCAGGACGAACAUCUGAGCGACCAGGAGAACGCCCCCCCGGUGCCGGCCAGCCGGCCCCCCGGAGAGACGGGCGUCGCCAACGCCGGGGAGCCCGGAGAAGCCUGGGAGGACACGGACUUCAACCGCAACAGACUCAGGAUCAGCCUGAACAAGGGCGCCCAGGAGGAGGAGGUGAGUCGGGGGGGGUGUCCCGCGUCGCCGGUUCGAGGCGGAGUCCCGGAGUCACCGAACGGUCAGGGUCGGUCCUUGAGGUACCGGCGGGUCAACAGCCCCGAGUCGGACCGCCUGUCUGCCGCCGAGGGCCGGGCCGACGGCUUCGGACAGAGGUCCAGGAUGGACAUCCUCGGCUCUCCGUCCCGCCACGUCUACUCCUCCCAGCCGGCUCAGAUGCUGUCCAUCGACCCCGGUUGCCGUGGCGACCGGCUGGCCAGCGGCCGGCAGGAGGCGUCGGUGGCGUCGGUCGACCAGGAGGCGCACAGCAACGCCUUCAUCCGCUCCGUCCCGCUGGCCGAGGAGGAGGACUUCGACAGCAAAGAGUGGGUGAUCAUCGACAAAGAGGCGGAGUUACGGGACUUCCAACCGACCACGUCGGGAACCACUGACGAGGAGCCCGAGGAGCUCCGCCCCCUGGAGGAGCAGGAGGAGAGGAGGAGGCUCAGGGCAGCAGGAGUGGAGCUGGUGGUCCGUCCAAAGACCCACAACCGGGACAGCAGCCGGGGGAUGCUAACGCUGACGGAGGAGGAGGCGUCGAGGAGGAGCGGCGGGAGCCCCGCCCAGUCGCCGUGUCACUCGCUGCCGUCGGGACGCCCCCGCCGGAGAGAGUCCGAGCCCAACGGACCUCAAAGACCGGCGAUGUCGCCCCCGGAGCAGAGCAACCCGUCACCGCCGUCCCCGGACUAUCGCACCAAGGGCCAGAGCGACGAGAAGGAGCACUUCCACAUCCUCCCUCAGCUCCGGGCCAAGAGGGCCGACUUCCUCGCCGUCAUGCUCACCGGCACUCUGCCUCAGCGCCGGAGCUUCCCCGCGGCGGAGGAGGAAGAAGAAGAAGUCCGGGAACCUUCGGGGCCGAGGGACGACGACGUCACCAAGAGCGAGUCCGACAACGAGGCCAGCCAGAAGAGCACCGAGCGCAGCCAGGACGCCGCGCCGUCCACGCUCAUGGCCGAGGACCAGAGGGGCCGGCGGGAGCACGCCUUGGCCGCCGACGACGCCGACCCCGACCUGGAGGACGCCUCCAAGACCCUCGUCCUCUUCUCGCCCGGGGACACUCGCAAGUCGCCCUCCGGAGAUCACGUCCUGGAGGCGGAGCUGGCCGCCACGCCGUGCGCGCUCAACUCCCGGACCGACCGGGAGGCGGUUCAGCCGGAACCCUCCGAGACCGGCCGCCUGUCCCCCGCCGUCCGGUCGGACCUGAGGCCGUCCACGCCCAUCGCCCCGGCGUCGCCGCCCUUCACCAAAGUCGAGCGCACGUUCGUCCACAUCGCCGAGACGUCGCACCUCAACGUCAUGUCGUCCGACGGUCACUCCGCCAGGGAGAGCGACCGGGACGUCUCGGCCGCGGCGAAGGCGGCGGCCGCGGAGGACGGCGGCGGCGAGCGAGGGGCGGCGCCGGAGACGCGAGAGUCCGCGGAGGAGUCGGUGCCGGAACUAACCGCGCCGCUCGAAGAACGCCUGGAAACUGAGAACGGUCCGUCAGCCGCUCCGCUCCGGUCCGUGUCGCCGGUUCGUGAACUCGCAGAUCCGUCGCCGGAAGCUAAAGAACCGCCGUUACCCGGCGAACUUCAGGCGACCGGAUCAGAACCGCCGGCCGCCGCGAAACCCCGGAUCCGAAGCCGAAUCCCGAUACUCGUCUCCGAAGAGGACUCGGGCUCCGAGCGGUCCUCCUCCCUCUCCGCUCGGGCCCGGCUCCGGCGGCGGGCCCGGCAGCCGGACUUGGCCCGCGUGCUGGUCCAGAAGCAGCAGGGUCGCUGGAUGAGGAAGAGGAUGGCGUCCGGGACGUCGUCGUCCGUGUCCUCCGGGGACGACGAGCGGCGCCGGGCGUCUGAAACUCUGUCCGCCGCCGGCUCGGAGGAGGACACGCACACCUUGGACGAGUCCAGGAGGAGCUCCCGUCUCAAGCCCACCGAGGAGCGAGGCUCCAAGGAGUGCAGGAGCAGGAUCCCCAGGCCCGCCACCCCCGUGAAGAGGCCGCCGGUGGGGCUCGCCGCUCCUUCUCCUCUCUCCAUGCCGGACUCCAGCACGACCAAAGGAGCGCCAUCCUUCACCAAUGGGAAUCAGAAAAUUGGACGAAACGCUCAACGGAAAUCCAAACCCGUCGCCCCCAGGUCCUCCUCCUCUUUUCCCCGUCCGUCCGCCGGCCCGUCCGGCAGCCCUCGGAUGCCCCUGCGGGUCCUGUUCGGAACCCGCCGCAGCCUUAGCUCCAACCGCUGCCGGACUGACAGCCCCUCCCCCCAGAGAGUCUGUCCGUCCAGGCAGCCGCUCUCGGUGCGAACCCCGACCGUCCCGGUGCUGCCGCCCAGGACUACAACGACCCUGCGGCGCAGCGCCUCGCAGGAAGCCACCGCCGCCCAGACCUUCGACGGCACCGCGCCCGCCGGGACCAGGCCGAAGACCGCCGGCGCGGCCAAGGGGAAGCCGAGCGCCAAGGAGAAGGCGGCGCCCGCUAGAUAAUACAAAGAGACUCGUGAGCCGAGACAUGUUUGUGUAUAAUCAGUCUUCGGACAAAGCUACGCCUCAAAGGUCCUCACCUGAUAUUAGACCGUGAUCUUACAAUCGCCUCUUUCAAUUCAUUUAAUGUACACGGACAUCUUUAUUGAGUUGUUUUAUUUUCAAAGGACAGCUUGCUGAAUUAUCUUCAUGGGCUUCCAGUAAUCUAGACUGAGCGUCGUUGCGAUGGUGCUACGGAUUCGCCUGCUGCUCCCCUCAAACCGUCCAUCUACCUGGUGUCUGGAGCCGUGACAUCUCGGCUUCAGACACUCUCACCUUUACACGGUACUCCCGGCUUGUCCACAGCUACGUAUACUACUCCUCUAGUACCCUGCUUGGUUGCAUGGUGAAGUAUAUCACAAAUGCAUUGAAUCUGUAAAUGGAAACAAAUAUUUAAAAAACAUGGACAACAAUCUAUACCUUUGGUAUAGUUCUCCUAUUUGGAUAAACAGGCGCCAAAAUAGACCGAAUUCGACUGGUUUUAAUGCCCGAUUAAUGAUAAUAUAAUAAUGGAUUCCUAACUAUAUCCUGUGCUCAUUAUAGUCUCGGAUUAAAAGAAGAGUUGGAUGUGAACACAAAUAAACCGCUCGCUGCCGCCUCCUCCUCAUGGUGUGACAAUGGGCAUGCUUUAAUCAUUCUAUUUUCUGGGUGUUUUUUCUUUUUUCUUUAUGCUCUGAAUUGUAUAUAAUAGAAAUCAUUCCCUCAUAAAGACAUCUUUAUUUUGUAUCUUGCCAAGCAAAAGUGCAAAGUCUUCUUUAACCUUCCGUUCCAAUGUGUUGGCAUUAUGCCCGUUUUUUACGCAUGAGAAAAACAGGGUUAAUUGGCGAGGGGACGUUAUACCUGCUUGGAUCCCGCUGACGGUGGUUGUUGGAGCCCACGUUGUGUCUGUAGGGGGUCGAUGGGCACUGAGCUGUGAAGUAAAGUCUUGGUUGUGUGGA